AGCGGGCUUCUUCGGUGGCCGGCUCGUCUUCUGCCUGGCACCGUGAUACACAUAUAUAAAUAUCCCACAAGCCAGGAUUUGUUGUGCCACGAAACUUACCAGAACCCCUCCCCCCGAGAGGAGAACAUUUUUUGCUGCUGUGUGUGUGUGUAAGUCCUCCCGCACCACCGAUGCCCAUUACCACCGGUGUGGUGGCUCCGGGGACGCCCGGCGCAGGAGGUAACCAUAAUUUCUCGGGUGCCAGUCUGUUGUAAUCCCCUAUUAAGUGGUCUCCGGGGGGAUUUCUUUUCGGUUAAUCCUCUUAAACGGUUUCUUAUGUGUUGUUGUUUGUUUGCCCUGCGAGACGCUCGGCGGCACAGGGCGGUGAAGGUGACAGGGUAGCAGAAGGAAAUUCCCAGCCUGUGUUUCUGCUGCCGGGGUUGGAGUUGACUCGAUGAAAAUAAUCGUCCUGUAAUGUGGGAUGUCUGGCAGCGUCGUGUCGAACGGUGGGAAGGUAGCAAAAGAAGUUGGUUUUUGGAUUUGUGGCAUCGGGGAAGUAGGUAAAGCACUCAAGGGAUGCGCGGCGGCUGGUGCUGGUGGAUUAUGUUUAAUGCGUAGGCUUGAGGAGAAAUUAAUUCCUGGGGAUUGAUUUAAUUAGAUAGCAGACAACCGCACAGACAACUUGAGACAACUCUUCCACAGCAACACAACGGGCAGGUCAAUUUGGGACUGUAAAGUUGGAAGAAAUGGGAGGAUCGUCGGGGUAAAACCUGUUGCAAUUGCUCGACCGUUGUGUGAUUGGUGUUGCCAAAUUGCAAUUCGGAAUUACCCACCACCGAGCUGAAAGGCCCUCCUCCUGUGGCACACAGCCCGAAGCAUCGCUCUCCUAGGCUCGCAUGUCACUUUGGUAAAAACCCGAGGCGCCGGUGUCGCAACCCCUUGGCUGGUGUAAUGCGUUUUGGUAAGAUUGUCGUCGUAAAGUUGCACCCCCGCCAGCGUGUCCCCUAUGCACUUAGCGGGUUGUGUACAUACACGCACUCACGAACACACACACACAAUCAUCUCUCGCAAGUGUAACGACGGAGUGCACCGCGCGCAUUGCACCGGAAAGUAUGAAACGCACGGAGGGCGUUAGUGCGUAGCGAAGGAAAGCAAAAGUGAACAACAACAGCAGCAUUACCCACCACCUCCCCGGUUUUGUCUUUCCCGGUUGCUAGGCAUACACACGUGGCUAUUAUUGGACGCCCCCUCCCCCCUACUGAAACACAACGUCCUACGAAGCUGCUAAGAUGACAGUGAGCUAAAGGGAGACGGCAAGGCACAGCAGCAGCAGGGUAGUAGAGCCAGCCAGCCAGCCAACUAUCUAUUUCUCACGGGUAGUCAGCUCUCCCACUCUCCGCUGUGCUUUUUUUUGCUUCACCACCAUCACCCACUCGAACUCGGAGUUGUGCGGUUUCGACGGGCUUCGGUGGGCAACACGGCGUCAUUUGUAGUUUUCGAUCGUUCGGCGUCGUUACGGAUUGUUCGAUCAUCGAAGUUGAGUGAGUGCAACCGACUAGUUUUUUGUUUUCGCCAACCGCCAGUUCCCAGCAGUGUGUCUAGCGAAGCACAAGAAUCAAGUGUUUGUUAGUGAAAGUUCUGGAAUGCUAUAAAGUGUACUCCGAAGCAAUCAGUUCAGCUAACACAAGUCGGUGGCGUUCCGUGAAGCAAGCGAAACACCGUCGUCGGUGUUCGGUGUCCGAUAGUACUGCGUCGAGUACUGUGUCUUGGGUGUUGCAACACAGCAUCGCUCGGCCCACUUAUCACGACCCACUACCAGGGGCACUACCAGAAAUCGGGAGACCACAAGCAGCAGCGGCAGCAGCGGCAGCAAAAAAGGGCACAACGAAAUCGAAAGGUGUCCAUCAAAGGAGAAAGUCAACUCGCUGCCGACAGUUACACAAUAGCGUCAUCGCCUUUCGUUGUCGCCAUAGUUACUCGAAGGAGGAGGAGGAGGUGGAGCAUUAUCUCACCGUACCAGCGCACGUGAAGCACAGCACAGUAACCUUUUGCCAUCCCGGAGAACCACUUUGUUCGUUCCGUUGCGAACCGGCUUGACAGUUUCGUUCGCCGGCACAGGUUCUGUGAUCUUCCCUUCUUUUUUUCGAAAGCUCCUCGUCGAAACACACACACACAGCUACAAAAUGCAAAAGACCACUGGCAAGCAGGUCAGCAGUCGCAGCGCCGUGAACGUAUGCUGGCUGGUCGGGCUGGGGCUGGUCUGGCUGGUGGCGGUGGCGCUGUCCGGCAGUACCUGUGCCGCCGAAGCGACCACCGCCCGGACGCAGGUCUCGGACGAAGCACUCGACAAAGCGCUCAGCGACAAGCGGUACCUGAUGCGCCAGCUAAAGUGUGCCCUCGGCGAGGUAGCGUGCGAUCCGGUGGGAAAGCGCCUCAAGAGCUUGGCACCGUUCGUGCUUCGCGGCGCUUGUCCACAGUGUACGCCGGCCGAGAUGAACCAGAUCAAGAAAACGUUAGCUCAUUUGCAGCGAAACUUCCCGUCCGAAUGGAACAAGCUGGUGCAGACGUAUGCUGGCUGAAAAGGGGAAGCUGGUGGAGGUCGUGUGAUAGGAAGAGGCAGAGUCCGUCCGGAGGUUUGGUUUGGAAUGGGAGGGAUUUGCGAUAAAGUAUUUUAGGAUGUAUCGAGUAAACGCUGCAAACAGUAUGUGGCAUUGUAGUAGUGUAAGGUGCUCUAGAGGUGUAUGUACAAACUCGAACGGACGAAUGGUUGGUAGAAUGUACGAAAAUAUAUGAAAAAAAAAACAAACAAACAAACAUGGAACACAUUGCAAUAAAAACAAAAACACGGUACGCCUAAAGGUA